AUGGACGCCUUCAAAAAGAAACUCGAAACCAUCCGUAAUGAGGCUGAGGCGGCCAAGGAGCGCGCCGAGAAGGCUGAACGCGAGCUUGCUGCUAUUCGGGCUGAUAUUGCUACCAAGGAGGAGGAGACCCAUUCGCUCCAUGAACGCGUUGUCCUCCUUGAGUCCCAACUUGAGAGCGCCGAGACUGGCAGCAGCGAUGAUAAGAACAAGCUUCGCGAGAUCGAGUUGAAGACAGAGGAUCUUUCGCGCAAGGUUAGGACGUUGGAGAAGGAGCACGAGUCGUUGAUUAGCAAGCUUGAUGAUAUGACCGAUAAGCACGACAAGGCCAAGCACGAGCUCGAGGAGACCCUCCGCGCCAUGGAUGAGAUGUAA